AUAAUCUAUGGUUGUAUUACUGAUCUGUGAUUGUAGUUAGGAAGUUGUCCUCACUUUAUUGUGUCACGUUCACUAAAUUUUGGUUUAGUAGUGGGUUGUCGACGUUGUGGAUGUCAUAUUUAAAGACGUCAAAUAUGGAGGAGGAACGUCUCUUUGACGAGAGAGUUUCUAUUCGAGAGUCUGCUCGACCAUUAAAAAAGUAUGGAAGCACCUGCAACCACAUGAAAAGGAACGAGGAAUACAUUAAACAUGUUAUGUCUAAAGGGGACACCUUGCAAGGGAUCGCAUUAAAAUAUGGUGUAACUAUGGAGAAAAUAAGAAGGGCCAAUAGAUUGUUCGCUACGGACAGUUUGUUUUUGAGAGAAUAUUUAUUGAUUCCGGUGACCAAAGAUUCUCCUUUUUACGAAAACGGGGAACGCGUAACCGAGCUGCCUCCUCCGAAUCAUCGCGCCUCCAUAGCAGGCAUGCCAACUAGAAACAGUUUUUCGCCUGGAAGCCCCGAUGAGAAGAAGAGUUUUGACGAAUUCCUGAACAGAGUAGACUCAUCAUUGGCUGACAUAAAGCGACAUGUAGAAAAAACAAAAGAAAACAGUGAGUUCGUGAAGGAUAUAGAUGAGGGUUACGUGAGGCACAGGCCGACGGCGCGACUCAGACAGUCCGCGUCUAUGGGCGCUUCGUCGUCUUACAAUGAAGUAAUACCGCCUCCCUUGCCGCCUCCGCCCGUCUCCCUCACCCAGGGCAGACGCGUCGACUCCUCGCUCAGACGGCUGGAGAGGACACACGACGACCUAUUCCAGUUGUAGCGGCAGAAACAGCGCAGGUAUGCGCGACUCGAGUGAAUGCGAUCCGCUAUUGAUAUCGUAUUGAUAUCGCAGCGGGGUCGCAACGGUCGCCGCGACGAUCCGACGAUCGCGCAGUCGACCGCCACUAAGCCUAACGGUGAGUCUGGUGACAAGGACUAUUGAAUUCAACGAUAGAAUAAAUAUAUAAAUAUAGUUUAAAAAAAAAGCACGCUUCAAUGGAAAGCUGUACUGGAAGUGCGUGACCUUGGUCAUAGUAAAAAAAUCAUUGGAAGGGUCAUCGGUCAUUGAUACCUGAGCAAAUAUGAUCUCCGACCACUUGGAAACGUACGUUGAAAGAUUCCGUCACAAAUGUACAGACAGGACAACUUAAUGAAAGCGUAUUAAUAAAAACAUUGUCGUGUCUAAAGCAAAUUUGUAUAUUAAAAUCAAAAUUUCUCUGUGAUUUUAAAUGUUCGUAAUGUGAAGAUUCGGUAUAUGCAUAAUUUAGCACUAGCACCCCUAGUGGUAUCCGAGAUGAACUAUACAGUGUUAUGUUUCUAAAUAUAUAUGUAUAUUAAUUAUCUGAAAACAAAUGCUGUAACAUUAUCGACUUCUAAAUUUAAGUUAAUAGUCAAAAUUGACUUUGAAUGUAUUUUCUAAUUUUAUUAAUAAAUAAAUAAAAUAUGAGUUAAUACAGUUGAGAUUAUCGGAACAAUUGUACCGACGGGUGAAAGGCAAUUUUUACUAAGCGACAUUUGGCUUAAUACACGACAUUUAUCUUGCUAAUUAAAUGUGCGUUUUAUUUGGUAUUAGCAACCCGCCCUCGCUUCACUUCGGAAAUAUUAAAUUUUAUUAUUGAUAGCUUGUCGUACCGCGGGUGACGCUGCGGGGCGAAUCUAGUCUAAAAAAAAGGUAGCCUAAGUUACUCCUUAUAUCAUAAGCUACCUAUCAGUGAAAGUCUCGUCAAAAUCGGUUCGGCCGUUCCAGAGAUCAGCCGGAAAAAGCAGACAGACAGACGACAAAAAUUGUAAAAAAAAUAUUUUGGUGUAUGUAUGUACCGUAUGUAUUAUAUUCAUAUAUGCAUGUAGUAAAAAUCGAUUAUUUAAAUAUUACAAACAGACACUCCAAUUUUAUUGUUAAGUAUAGAAUACAAGUAGCAUCAACAGUUCGAUGUUCUUAAUUGAACUUCAAUUAAGUUUACUCCAUUCAAUAAAUAGCUAAAGAAGUUUUUUUUGUAAUGAUAUUUUUUCCAAAUUAUAAACUUUAAACGGUUCUGAUGUAAAGUUGUAAAAAUGUCGUUUAAACCAAAUAGCCAUUCCCUCCUCGAUAUGGUCACUGACUCUUCGGAUGUGUUAACGUAGUCUCGAUAAGUUACUAAGGCAAUAUAAAUGUUGUUGUUUAAUCUUAAGGUAUAUUUUAGAUGUAUGAUAAUCAUCUUUUAUUGUUACACGGAAUUUGUUUCUAAGUCAAUGAAAGAUUAUCGUGUUAAUUUUGAAGUACCCUCUUUAUUUAAGUGGCUUGGUUCGAUUAUCGGAGACUCACGCCACGUUGUGAGCAAGGGCGGAUCCAGCUUUGGCGCCAGGAGGGGGUCACAUAGUCGUGGGCAAGUUAAGAACUUAUAAUUUAAUUUUGAUAACAAUAGAUUAUAAAUAAAUCAUGAUGUUCUUCAAUUAGUCCAAGUUAGUUCAAGUCCUGGACCUAGCUCGGGGGGGGGGGGGUAUAAUGACCCCCAUGACCCCCCCUGGAUCCGCCGUUGGUUGUGAGCAGUACAUUUGCCUCUUUAGUAUUGAAUCCAGAAUUGUACUGGUACAAGGUUCGUUCUUAAAACUAGAGAGAAUUAUUUUACUAAAAGAUUUAACUGCAGCUGAAGUAUGAUAGUUAUUAUGGCGCUAGGUACCGUAGAUUGGGAGGAACUGGGACCUUUUCCAAUUCCUACAUAAAAUUUCAAUGGUUUUUCUUAGGGUAACACUAAUAAAAUUCAAUUUUUAUAUGCGAUGCGAUAUUAUACAUAGCUCAUUACAAAAUAUACACAAAAACUGAAAAAACUAGCUUGACCCUAUUGACCUUGGCUUUGGGGUGAAUCAAGUUACGUAUGUAGGGGGACAAUAGUAUUUUCCGUUUUCGAUAGAGCUAGCACUUUUUACUUGUUAGGUAGGUACCUAACUUUAGGUAAUUAACUUUUUAAUAUCUUUAAUGAGUUAUAAAACUUUGAUGACUAAAUUAAACACUAAAUAAAAGUCAUUAUCAAUUCAACAAAGUUAAAUCUAACAACUCCACAAAAGUAUUGUGACAUCCCAGAUUUGUCCCUAUUCUCUAUAACUCUAGUCUCUAUUCCCCCAAUCUACUAUACCAACUUGUAAACUUACAAAAUGAAAAAUGUUCUUGGAUGUGGUUAUUGAAAAAGAAGGUUUAUUUCCAAGUUGGAAGUCGUGGCUUGAAGAUUAAAACGCACGGCUUACUCAUAUUGAGAGAAGUGAUUGUGACAAGGAAGGUAUAAAAUCGAUUUAAAAAAAAAUUUGAAAUUUAUUAUACAAUUGAAAAACAGACUUCUAGUCUCAAGAUGGAUGGAAUUCAAGUUAUGAUCUGUGUGGGCUAUGCUAAUCACUUACUAUUAGAUAGGCCGGUAUCUCGUUCACCCAACAAUGCAUUAAAAAAACCCAAUAAAAACAAUAAAGAUCAUUUUUCUGUUUUGCCAAAAAUAUCUUUAUAACCAAGUUCAGUUAUAUGUAUGUAUAUAAGAUAGUUAUAUCAAAGUUAAAAUUGUAUAGUAAAAAAAUAUUAUGUAAACGAGGCACUAAAAUACAUUUACGUGUUUUAUAUUUAGUAGUGUUUGUUGAGCUUAUACAUAAUAUGUAAUUAAAAUAUGUAAUGUAAAUCGUUUUGUAUAUUAUCAAAUGUAUCUUAGGCAACUAUUAUUAACACAUAUGUAUAUAGGUAUAAUAUUAUGUACUAUGUGAAAAAUCGAGUUUCAAAAUUGCUGGCUUUCAUUGCAGCACAUCCCUAAUUGUUAGGGUUGACUCCUAUAACUUUGCGCUUCUGAAUAUUUUCAUAUAUUAAAUUUGUUGAUUUUUGAAAAUGUAACAUUUUUUUAAGCUAUUUUCAUAUAAUUGUUGUAACAGUUGUUAAUUGUUUUUAUGCUGUUCAUAAAAUCAGUGAUAUAUUAAUCUUU